ACUCCAUCCUUGUUUGGUUGAUUCAAUCAUCACCUCCUGGCCUGUGAGACUGAGACGAGCUUCGGCGAAAUUAAGAAGAAAAGAAAAAAACAAUUCUCUAAAAGGACUUCUUCAUAUUUAGGUCUUCGAUUCUCUCAUCGAAGGCCGACGAUAUAUAACAAUUCUUAGGGCUGAAUAGUUUUGAACGGCUUCUAGAUGGUAAUCUGAGAUAUCAAACAAAAAACAAUGGGAAAUAGGGGGCAAAAGCGGGUGGAAAUGAUGGAUGAAUUGCCAGCAGAUAAGAGAGCUUGUAAUAAUUCAUUGGAGUUUAGACCAAGUUCAUCCAACUCAUCAAUUCAAACUCAAAUAAAUUCCACAAAUUCCACUUCUGAAACCAAUGAUGCUGAUAUGGAUACUUCAUCCACUGGUUCAGCUUCCAGCAGGUCAGAGGAGGAAGAGCAUGAGAGGGAUUCGGCUUAUGGCUCAUGUGAUUCUGAUGAUGCAGUACCAAAACACGGUAGUCUGCGAAUUUAUCAAAGGCAGAGAUCAUUUGGUGAUCAUGGUAGACUGAGGACUGCUUUGUCUAAUUUAAGUGAAGGGACCGAGCCAUCAGGGCAAAUAGCUGCUCUUACAGAAUUGUGUGAAGUGCUUUCAUUUUGUUCUGAGGAUUCCCUCUCAAGUAUGAUGGCUGACUCGUUAUCCCCAGUUCUUGUUCAGCUUGCUAGGCAUGAAAGCAACCCAGAUAUAAUGUUGUUGGCAAUAAGGGCUUUAACUUAUCUGUGUGAUGUGUUUCCUCGAGCAUCUGGUUUUCUUGUUAGACAUGAUGCAGUUGCUGUUCUUUGUCAAAGAUUGAUGGCCAUUGAGUACUUAGAUGUAGCUGAACAGUGCUUGCAAGCAUUGGAGAAAAUGUCACGGGAACAGCCUCUUGCAUGCCUACAGGCUGGGGCUAUCAUGGCUGUUCUAGGUUUUAUUGACUUCCUCUCCACAAGUGUACAAAGAGUUGCACUUUCAACAGUGGUCAAUAUAUGUAAGAAACUUCCAACAGAUUGCCCUACUUCUUUCAUGGAGGCUGUUCCAAUAUUAUGCAAUCUCCUACAGUACGAGGAUCAACAGCUUGUUGAGAAUGUAGUUAUUUGCUUGAUGAAAAUAGCAGAGCGAGUCAGUCAUUCUUCUGAGAUGCUGGAUGAACUAUGCAAGCAUGGAAUAAUUAAUCAAGCUACGCAUCUAAUACACUUGAAUAGCCGGACCACCCUAUCCCAACCAAUAUACAAUGGUCUGAUUGGGCUACUUGUCAGACUUUCUUCUGGUUCAGUUGUGGCUUUCAGGACUCUCUAUGAGCUCAAUAUAAGCUGCACUUUGAAGGAUAUAUUAGCUAAUUAUGACAUCUCACAUGGAAUAUCUUCUCUCCAUGCAGUAGAUGGGCAGAGCAACCAGGUACAUGAAGUUCUGAAACUGCUAAAUGAGCUUCUUCCUCCAGUAGUGAAGGAUCAAGAUAUUCAACAAGUGGUGUCAGAUAAGGAAUUAUUUUUAGUUAAUCACCCUGAUCUUUUGCAUAAGUUUGGGUCUGAUAUACUACCCAUGUUGAUUCAGGUGGUUAAUUCUGGUGCAAACUUAUAUGUUUGUUACGGCUGUGUAUCAGUCAUACAAAAGUUGAUUUAUUUCAGCAAAUCUGACAUGCUUGUUGAAUUACUUGAGAAUGCAAGCAUUCCAAGUUUUUUGGCUGGGGUAUUUACACGGAAGGAUCACCAUGUGCUGAUAUUAGCCCUGCAAAUUGCUGAGAUAAUUUUGCAAAGACUUUCAGGUGUUUUCCUGAACCCUUUCAUUAAGGAAGGUGUCUUCUUUGCCAUUGAUGCCCUUAUGCUUCCAGAAAAAUGUGCAUGGUCAAUGUUCCCAGUAUUUAAUGGCAUCCAGUUGCCAUCAGACUCCAGCCAAAAGUCUGUUUCAAAGGUCGUCCUAAGAUGCUUAUGUUAUGCAUUUGAUAAUGGUCAGUCUCCUAUAACCUCAGAAGCAGGAACAUGCAAGCUUGAAAAGGAUAGUGUUCAAAGUCUCGCAAAGCAUAUAAAAACCACAUACUUUGCUCCACAGUUAUGCAACUCUGAGAAUGGGUUGACAGAUAUCCUUCAAAAUCUCAGAGCUCUUUCUGCUUCAGUGACUGAUCUGAUUAAUAUGCCUAUAAGUUUUAAUACUUCCACUCAAGAUGAAGAAAAUUUUAAUCGUUUAUUACAUCAAUUUAUGGCAAAGCUUAAUGGAAGAGAACCUGUUUCCACUUUUGAAUUUAUUGAAAGUGGAAUUGUGAAGUCAUUGGUAAAUUACAUAUCCAGUGGUCAAUAUCUGAGAGAAAAGGUGAAUCUUCAUAGUGCUUCUUUUGAUUAUUAUGUUAUAGAAAAAAGGUUUGAGGUGCUUGCAAGGCUUUUUUCACCUUAUUCGAGCUUUGCUGAAGAGUUACCAGUAUCACUUUUGGUACGAAAAUUACAAAGUGCAUUAUCUUCUUUGGAGAAUUUCCCUGUUAUUUUGAGCCAUUCGUCCAAGCAAAGAAACUGGUUUGCUGCUGUUCCUAAUGGACGCUGCAUGCCUCACCCAUGUCUGAGAGUUCGUUUUGUGAGGGGAGAAGGGGAGAUGUGUCUUUCUGACUACUCUAAUGAUGCUGUCACUGUUGACCCUUUCUCUUCUUUGGAUUCUAUUGAAGGAUUUUUGUUGCCUAAAGUUAGAAUAGAAAGAACCAAACAAAUAGAAACAGCUGCUCUAGCCAUGGACCCAAUGGAGAGUGUACAACUUCAAUCAAAUGUGAACCCUGGGGCUGGACGAGGUGAAAGUUCAGAUCAUAUGGAGCCUGACAGCACGUCUACUGAUUUGACUGAGAUUCAGGAGAAUGAGGCUAAAUUAUCAGUCUCUCGCCUGGAAGAAACAGAAAAUUUACAACAGGGAAAUCCUGGGGAAACUACAUCUUCAAAUGAUUCUCAUCUUGGCUCUUUAGAGAAGCUAGUACAAUAUCCUUCUGGGGCAGACAUCACUAGAAAAAGUCACCAUUCCUCAUCCUCUAGCAAUAGUGAUGCUUUCUCAAAACUGUUAUUUUACCUUGAAGGGAAAGAGUUGGACCGGACUUUGACAUUGUAUCAGGCAAUUCUCCAACAGAAAAUUAAAGCAGAUGAAGAAAUUACAAUGGGGACAAAGUUAUGGAGUCAAGUAUAUGAGUUGACUUAUAGAACAGCUGUAGAGCCUAAAGAUGAUAACCCUCAGGAAUUUCAUAUGUCAGCUCGAGAUUCUUCUACCUUGGAUAAGGUUGGGGCUUAUAUGCAGCAUACUUCAUUUUUCACUAGCAUAUUUAAUUGUGACCUUGCUUCUGACUUGGAUAAGUCAAGUCCUACUUAUGAUGUUCUGUUUCUGCUUAAAAGUUUGGAAGGCUUGAACAGGUUCACAUUGCAUUUGAUGUAUUCUGAAAGAAUACGUUCAUUUGCUGAAGGGCUAGUUGAUAACUUGGAUAAUUUAAAAGUGGUAGUUCAUUCAGUCCCACAGAAUGAGUUUGUGAGCAGUAAGUUGACAGAAAAACUGGAGCAGCAGAUGCGGGAUUCUUUGGCUUUGUCAGUAGGUGGUAUGCCGUUGUGGUGCAAUCAGCUUAUGGCUUCAUGCCCCUUUUUAUUUAGCUUUGAGGCAAGAUGUAAAUAUUUCCGGUUGUCAGCAUUUGGAACUCAGCUAGUUCAACCUCAGACGCUAUCCAAUAAUAAUUCAGAAGUUUCAAGAGACAGGCGAUCGAGUCCUGGUAGUUUGGUCCGCAAGAAAUUUGUAGUUUGGCGUGACCGGAUACUGGAAUCUGCUGCCCAAAUGAUGGACUUUUAUGCUAAUGUUAGAGAUCCCAUUGAAGUGGUAUAUAAUGGAGAAGUUGGUAGUGGUCUUGGUCCCACAUUGGAAUUUUAUACCUUGGUCAGUCAUGAGUUUCAGAAGUCUGGCCUUGGUAUGUGGAGAGAGGAUUAUAGUUCAUUUGUGGACAGGAAAAUAUUCCAGACUGAGGAUUCUGGAAGUCUGACGUCUCCUUUUGGCCUUUUUCCUCGUCCAUGGCCAUCCAGUUUGGAUUCAUCUGAUGAGAUACAGUUUUCUGAAGUCAUUAAAAAGUUUUUCCUCUUGGGGCAAGUUGUAGCAAAGGCUCUUCAAGAUGGAAGGGUUCUGGAUCUGCCAUUCUCCAAAGCCUUCUAUAAGCUUAUCCUUCAGCAGGAACUUAAUCUGUACGACAUUCAAUCCUUUGAUCCUGAGCUGGGAAGGACACUGUUAGAGUUUCAGGCUUUGGUUAAUAGGAGAAAAUUUUUGAAAUCAGCUCUAGAAGAAAACUCAUGCAACACUUUGGAGGUGUGCUUUCGGAAUAGCAGAAUUGAGGAUCUUUCUCUUGACUUUACUCUUCCUGGGUAUCCUGAUUACAUGCUUCACCAAGAGCAUGAAAUGGUAAAUAUGGAUAACUUGGAGGAGUAUGUUUCUCUUGUUGUGGAUGCUACUGUAUAUGCUGGAAUUUCCAGACAAGUUGAAGCCUUCAAGUCUGGAUUUAAUAAGGUUUUCCCAAUCAAGUAUCUUCAGAUUUUCACCGAGGAGGAACUAGAUCGAUUGCUAUGUGGAGAACAUGAUAUUUGGGCUUUUAAUGAGCUUUUGGAUCAUAUCAAAUUUGAUCAUGGAUAUGCUGCUAGCAGUCCUCCAAUCAUUAAUUUACUGGAAAUUAUGCAAGAGUUUAAUCAAGAACAGCGGCGAGCAUUUCUGCAGUUUGUAACUGGGGCACCUCGGCUUCCUCCAGGAGGUUUGGCAUCUUUGAGUCCAAAAUUGACAAUCGUUCGGAAGCAUUGUAGCAACUGCGUAGAUGCAGAUCUACCCAGUGUAAUGACAUGUGCCAAUUACCUUAAGUUGCCACCUUAUUCUUCAAAGGACAAGAUGAGAGAAAAGCUUUUGUAUGCCAUAACAGAAGGACAAGGCUCAUUCCAUCUUUCAUAGCUUUGCCUUCCACAUAGGUUGCGAAUUUGUAAUUAUUAGCAUAGGUGCUUUUGUACAGGGAAAGGAAUGAAUGAAUGAAUGCGUGGCGGGUGGUGAGAAUUGAUGAAGUUGAUUGUUGGAAGCAGAGAAGGCUUCCAGUCUCCUAGUCUUCACUCGCAACGCAUUGGUGGGAUGUGUACAUAGGGUUCAGAUACUACCGUAGUUGGCUUACAGAAGUUGGGAAGUAGAGAAGAAGAGGAGAGGAUUUUGCAAUUGGAUGAACUGGCUUCCUACUUUUCUUGUACAGAUCAGUGUACAGAAAUAUCUUUUUACCAUGGGGAUUAGUUACUCUGCUUACAGUUUCGAAUAUAUUAGUGUCAUAGUCAUAACUUGGUGCUAAUGUUAUUGAUCAAGUUCUUUUCAAAAAGCAUUGUGGUCUUUUCUUUUUUCUAUUCAUUUGCACCUCCACUUUGUGUAUAUAUUAUUUCACUCCUACAUUAAAAGGACUCUUGUGUUCUUAAAAGCCUGUGAAUUGCGUUUGUUGAUAAA